GGUCGGUCCAUUUUGACACUUUUUCUUGUUCUCCUUCCAGUGGAAGCAACUGCCCAUCGUCGACGCGCUCCCCGGCGAGAGGGGAUCCGGCGGGGAGAUCUCUCUCUUUCUCCAUUGAGACUCGGCCGCGCUUUCUCGUCUUAUCGGUCGGCAUUCCGACGAUCGGCGCCGCGCGUUGGUUUCUGUCGGCCGUGACGCAUUUUCCGGCGGGUAAUUCCUGUUUCCGGCGGUUUUCCGGCUUUCGUCCGAGAGGAGGACCUUGACUGCAAUUUCUGACUCAAUGAAUUCAAGAAAGGGUGGAGGCAAGACCUUUGCUGCUGCUGCUGGUGGUGGUGGUAAUCCAUCACCAAAGGGAAAAGGAAUUGAAGAGUCUACUUAUGGCAAAGGCAGCCCAAAAUUUGAUCAGUUGAGCUGGGACAUGGCAGAUAUCAGCAUGGAUGCUCAAGAGGGUGGAUGGGAGGUCGCACGGAAGUCCAAGAAUCGAGCUGGUGCUGGUGCAGGUGCAGGUACUGCUGCAAAACCAUGGGGAUCUUCAAAUAGUGCUCCCAAAACUUGGGGUGGGUCAGAGGGUUUUCCAAGGCAAGGAUGGGGGACAAAUGGUGGAACUGGAAGGACUUCUGGAAAUAGUUGGGGCCAAGGCACUGAUUCUCGUAGGGCUGUGGGCAGAGGUAAUUCAAAGCCACAACCAUCAAAUAGGGGUUGGGAGUCACAGUACAUGGCACCACCUCCAGUUGUACCUCCACCACUGCAACAUGGUUGGCAAUGGGCUGCAAGAGGUGGUUCAUCUGGCUCUCAACCCAAGAAAGAAGAAGCUCUUCAGGAUGGAACUGUUGGCAGAUAUGAUUCUGAAACAGAAAAUGCACCCCAACAAGUUGAUGAUGGUUCAGAUGAUGAUGAGUUAGUUGAAGAUACCGAUGAUGAUUUCUGUGAUGACUAUGAUUCUGAUGAGAGUCAAAAGAGCCAUGAGACUCGAAAGAAGAAUCGGUGGUUCAAGGGAUUUUUCGAAGACUUGGAUAAACUGUCAAUCCAAGAGGUAAAUGAACAAACAAGACAGUGGCAUUGUCCAGCAUGCCAUAAUGGUCCCGGCGCCAUUGAGUGGUACAAAGGUUUGCAACCAUUGAUGACUCAUGCAAAAACAAAAGGAGCCACUAGGGUUAAGCUUCACAGAGAUUUUGCUGCACUUCUGGAAGAAGAACUUCGUCGGAAAGGGACAUCAGUAGUACCUGCUGGGGAAGCAUUUGGCAAAUGGAAGGGUCUUCGUGAGACUACUACUGAUUAUAUGAUAGUAUGGCCUCCAAUGGUUGUUAUUAUGAAUACGUUACUUGAAAAAGAUGAGAAUGAAAAGUGGAUUGGCAUGGGAAACCAAGAGCUUCUUGAAUAUUUCAACACCUACGCUGCAGUAAAAGCACGCCAUUCCUAUGGUCCUCAUGGGCAUCGUGGUAUGAGUGUUCUAAUUUUUGAAGCUACUGCAAUGGGCUACUUGGAGGCUGAACGUCUGCACAAGCAUUUUGCAGAGCAAGGAACUGAUAGGGAGUCUUGGGAACGUCGUCGGGUGCUAUUUUAUCCAGGUGGUAAACGUCAAUUAUAUGGUUACUUGGCAAACAAAGAAGACAUGGAAAUAUUCAACCAGCAUUGUCAAG